AUGUACAUACAAAGAAGACGAGAAAAGCACACUAAAAAGAGGAAAAAAUAUUUGGUAAGGAAGGUGAGGGAGUUGGUGAGGUUGUUGGCUGUAGUUGUGGUUAUUCCCUUUGACGGUGGGGUGAAUCAUAUUCUAAAGAAGUUCAGUAAGAUUUCGAAGAUGGAGCAAAAUAACAAGAUGGUGAACCAAGAAGCUUUCUCUAGAAAAAGGAUCAAAGUAGAGAGUGAGCAAGUGAAAAAGCUGAGGAAAGAGAAUCGCGAGAAGGAGUUAACCCAACUCAUGUACUUCAAUUUAUCGGGUAAGGCUAAUCUUGUUGGCUUAUCUACUACAGAUUUAAAUGAUCUCGUUUGUAUCAUUGACAAGAAUUUGGAAGAAAUUAAUAAGUGGAUAGAUAUUAUUGCUGCCAAGAAUAAUAGUACCAACUCAACCACUCAAAUGGUGGUUGCGGCUAAGGUUGAGGCUUCUACAACGAAUGAGAAUUUCAACGAUGAAGAUGUGAAAGUUAAUGUCGUUAAUGACAAUAAUACUAAAAACUAAGUGUUAAUGGCAUAAUUUUGCAAAAUGGGAACAAGAUCUCCUUUAGAUUUAUGUCGUGAUGAAAUUUUAAGUUUUUAUUAGUUUUAACUAAAUAAAGUCGGUAUUUUAAUUUAUCUUCUGUCAUAAUUAUGUUUAAAAUAAUUUGGAGUAUUAGAUUUUAUGGUUAAGAAAUUGGAUUUUGUUUUGUGUUUGGUUCAAUAAAAAUAUCGAAAAAUUGAGUAGUUCUAAUAUA